AUGUCGCAAUCUCUUCGCCCUUAUCUAACUGCAGUUCGUCAUUCGCUGCAAGCUGCUCUAAAUUUGACCAAUUUUUCAUCACAGGUGGUGGAAAGACACAACAGACCCGAAGUAGAAGUUCCUAACACAAGUGCGGAACUGUUAUUGCAACCGAUGCACGUUUCGCGUAACGAGCACGAGCAAGUAUUGAUAGAGCCCAGUGUCAAUUCGGUCAGGGUCAGCAUCAAAGUCAAACAGGCAGAUGAAAUCGAACAAAUUUUGGUCCAUAAGUUUACGCGGUUCCUGGAACAGCGUGCAGAGUCAUUCUACGUGCUGAGACGGGUUCCAAUUGAGGGAUUUAGCAUCUCUUUUCUGAUCACAAACAAACACACCGAAAGUAUGAACACAGAAAAACUGGUGGAUUUUAUAAUCGAGUUUAUGGAGGAGGUCGACAAGGAGAUCAGCGAAAUGAAGCUGUUUUUGAACGCAAGAGCCCGUUUUGUUGCAGAGGCUUACUUGGGGGAGUUUGUUUAUUGA